UGGUUGAACCGGACGAGGCGUUUCUAACCAAUCGUGCUUCGGUUACUCAUACUGAAAGUGAAAGUAAAGAAGAAGGCAGCGCAACAGCAGUUGGAACAUUAGUCUGUAAAUUCCCCCACCGUGAGUUCUGGUGUCCAUCUCGAGGAGCCUGUACGAUAAAGAAACAUGGCCUCCAGUGGAAUCUUCUUCUUUACUCUCAUUGCCGUCUGGGUUGCUGCAGGAAAUGCAAAGAAUCCUUUUGUAAAAGUAGAAUGCAACACAGAAAACAUUGGAGAACAUGGCCAUCAGUCACUGCUGGAGUGUGCUGUCAAAACCACAAAAGAAGUAGUAGGUGCAGUAAUCCGGGUUGUAACUUGGACGAAAGAGGGAGUUGAUGAUCCCUUGCUGGUUUUUAACAGAGGGGAAUUGCGCCGGGAGCCAGGCUAUAGAUUUGCUGAACCAUCCUGGGAUGAGAACAACAUGAACAUAUCCCUGCUCAUUGCCAGAACUGCGGUGGCAGACGAUGGAGAUUAUACAUGCAUGGUGAUCACAGACAGCGGCGAUGACAACAUCCUCAUUAGGCUCAAAGUCAAAGCCACAUACAGAGACCCAACUAUACGCUCCAUUCCUGAGAAAAUAUCCGAAGAUGCAGAUAACGACCUGAUUUGUAACGCUGAUGGUGGCUACCCAAAAGGUCAGCUUCGCUGGUUUGACGAAAACAAUGUGGAGUGGACAAGGAGUGCAGAAAUGGACGUGAGACAGACAGACAAUGGCCUGUUUCAGCUCUCAAGCAAGCUGACUUUGCUGAAAGGAUCCCGUUUCUCCAAGUAUACCUGUGUCGUGUUCAAUGCCACUGGAGGCAAAGGGGGUUCGACCACAUUUGAAAUACCACCGACUUCUCGAGGGCAGGGACAGGACAUCGAAGGGACUGGUCUCUCCUCCAAAAUAGCCGCUCCUGUGAUUGUCAUUGGAUCGCUGAUCGUGGGAUUGCUGUUGGCAUUGCUGAUUUAUAGAAGGCGAUCUCAAAUGGCCCGGAGGCCCUCUGCUGCACCCCUUAUGGGUGACCAACAACGGGGUCGUGCAGUCGAAUUUGAUGCUGAGAAAGGUCGUCUUCAGAAUAUGGAAUCUGAACAAUGUGAAGACAGCCAGCCCUGAGGAUACACCACAUGCCACAUGAAUAUACUAAUUUACCAGCAACCUCUGAAUUUAACACUUCCUUGUUUGCUAAACGCCACUCUGUCAUUGUACUUUCCUGUCACAAACAACUGUGUGUAGCCAGGAAUGGCUUGUACUAUUGUGAUUUAUCAGAGGAACUGUAAGCUCAGUCUUCCCCCGAGCUUGCUCAGUCAACAUUCUUAAAUCAAAAAAAAAAGCGAUGAUGGCUGAUUUUUAAUCAAGCGAAGACCAACUAGAAGCCAGGGAAUCCUCUUUUGGCUCGGGUGACAUUACAACAGCCAUGUCAGGUGCGAAAUAGAACAUCUUCAAGGCCCACAGUGAUAGUGAUUGUAGAUGUUGAUACUGAAUUUCUGAUACAUGUUGGAGGAAAUGUUUUUAUGCAGUCAGUGUGCUGCAGUUGUAACCUACGCAGUAACUGUAGCUAAACAGGAGUGGCCUUACUUACUUCCUCAUCUCUUGUUCUGCUGUCAGCUUUACAAGAAAAACACUGAAUCAUGUUCUUAGGAUAGAGGCAAGUUAUAAGGUAUGUGUGUGUGUGUGUGUGUGUGUGUGUUGCAGUAAAACAUAACUGAUGCCUCAUUGUUUGUGAUCUUAUAGUGUAGCUUUUUACUAUCGCAUGUGACUCCAAGAGUUAUUCAAAGAUAAGGAAUUUUUUUUUUUACUGUCAACAAAUCCUAUCGAUAGACCAAACAACAACGUGCUAGUACUCCUCAUUCUUGACUUUCCUAACCUAAGCACUUAGAUCCAACCCCACUUGUUCCUACUGAAUAUGUAAAUUGUUAAAACUAAUACAAAGUUUCUUUAUUUUUUAAGGCUUGCCUAAAACAUCCUGGCAUUGUAAGCUUUUAGGAAGGUUAUUCCCGUAUGCACUAUUUACUCCAACAGUAAGAAUUAUAGAAUUAGUGCAAAUAGAAAUUUGAAUAAUAUUUCAUUUGUGAUUUAUCAUGCACUAUGUGGGAUUGACUCAAAAUAAGCCACACUGGUUGUGGUUCUGUAAUGAAGAAACAUGUCACCCAAUGCAUUCUGCUAUAUUGCACUAGGUGCAAUACUAUGUUAUGUUUUGCUUUUGUUUUUUUAUUAGUGAUUCUCACAUGAGGUUUUAUUGCAGCUAAAAUGAUUGUAGCACCCAGAGAUUACCUUCACUAACUUCAAAAUACAUCAUUAAACUUUUAUGAAAUGUGUUAAGCUUCAGGGAAAACAAGCAAAGGUGCUAAUUCACAUGUAUUCAAACAGUGAGCCAACAGUUUAGACCAUCUCCAAGCCAUUAAAUAGAUGAUGAGAUGGGAUGGACUGCAAUCUGUUUGACACCGAAUGACUGAUUACAUCAUAAGUUUCAUAUCUAGUUAAUAAUCAGAGCAGCUUUGCCUGUAAUGUUGGCUUUAUAUACUCAGGCAGUAAUUGUUGAUGGGGUCAAUUAGACGUCAGUUUUGGUCAUUUUGUGGGAUUUGUUGACAUUAAGAAAUACACUGUACAUUUUGUAUCUAUACUUUGUUGAGAAGUUCAUUUUAUUGGUCAGUAGGGUAGCUCAGUAUAUUUCAUACAUUAUGAUGUGUGCGGUACUUGCAUCAGAAGUUAAUUCACACAUAUACUACUACUGUUUUUGAAGCUGUCUGAUGAAAAUCUGCAAGUGAAGUCUGUCAGAUGGAACACAUCUACCUACAAUUUUAGGGGUUCUUAUAGGAGCUGUAUCUGCACAGAAAAAUGAGUAAGAAAUAGGCGAGAACCAAAAAUUGUGGUUCCACAAGGAAAUGUAGUAUUGUAUGGGAAUGUUUUGGCUACAGAUAGUAGCCAAAAUAGGUAGUCAGGUCGUAUGUCCGCAAUCUCUUGACGUUGUUGCAGAUACACAUCUAGGCCGCACAUCUAACGCAUUUGACUAUUUAAAUCUGCAUCGCAAAGCUUGGUAUGAUGAGUAUAAAGUCAGAUCUGUUUGUCAUCUGAAAUAAAGAAUACUAUUUUGCAUGCUUUUGCCAGUUCUGCUUCAUAUGGGAAAGGCUGCAAAUGGCUUUUCAUCGCUUAUUUAAAAUAAUCUGGUAGUUUUGAUGCUAUUUACUCACAAAAUCACUCCAGUCAUUCUACAGUGACCAACUCUCUCCAAAUAGUAAUUCAGGUUUUCUGGUGAGAAAUCUUACUGUACAGCGUUCAAAGGGACUAUCUCUUUCAGUCAAGUAUCACCCCUCACUGCCUGACAACAUUGAGCCGUUGCAAAUUUCAGAUCCUUUUUCGAACCAGUGAGAAAGCUCAUGUGGCACGAUCAUCACUUUCUACGUAUUCAGUAAUAGCUUGUCUUUAAGCCAAAAGCAGCUUUGUACUUGUGCUUGUGUGUAAUUAGGAAGGUUGCUUAUAUAACUUUUGGCAUGAGUACUCUGACUUAUUGCAAAACUUCCUCUCUGGGUUUUGUUCUCUUCAUCGAAUACUCUGUAUUAAAAAUGAGUCUGCAUCUUUUUAGGUUGGUGAUAAGAAUUUUAAACCGGUAUCAGUUUGAUUUUGGAGCAGCAGGUGACAAUAACAUUUUGUCGACUCGGUGUAUGCAGCUUAUUGUGACACUAACAAAAGAAAAAUUAGUGUAAAACUGAAGAUAUCUUAUCAGCAUUCGCACACGUACAUGAUUAAACUUGGUAUGGGAACAGAAUGUGAACAAAGUUAAUCAUUGACUUACUGGAAAAAACAACACAAGUUUAAACUUUAAAAGAUUUUCAUUUCAAAGAUUAUUCUGGGAGUUAAAAAAAGACAUCUUUGAUAAAUUGCGAGAUGCAUCUGAGUGAAUAUAUACUGUUAUUGUAAAUCUGUGCAUUGAUGUCUCAGUUGGUACCUCAGGUUUAAAUGAAGCAUUGACUGUGGACCGACCAGGCAUCUUGAUCUCUAAGAACCAUGUAUGGUAUAAGCUGUGAUGUUAAUAUGGUGUGGCUGUGGUGUUAAAAUGUGAUUAAAAGGCAUUCUUAUGAAAAAAAAA